CCUUUCCUCUCACCAAGCAACCAAUGGCGAAGCCCAGUGACUAAGGCCAAUCCCGGGCAUCAUUCGAAUGUGGCCUGUCUUUAUCAAUGUCCCCGUCCAGAUGUCCAGAUGCUUCUUAUGUAUGAUAUGUAAGGGGACCUGCAUCAGUUGGAGGCAGCGUCUCACACUGCGCGGACCCGUGGCCAGGCUCAUUAUGGCGGCCGAGAGGUCAUCAAGAAGGUCCUGACUGGAUCUUAUUGGAGUUUGCUGAGACCGAAUCUUCCCAUGGAUCCAAAUAUCCAAAAUUCUUUCCUGUUCAACAACAGCCUCAACCAGUUUACCAGCGAGAUUAAGGCGCCAGUAUGCCAGUACUCGGUACCAAAUUCGUUCUACAAGCUCAAUUCGGGCCUCAGCAGCCAGAUGCCACCGGGGACUCCGCAUGGCAUCAGUGACAUUCUGAGCCGCUCCAUGGUGGGGGUGGGCUCUACAGGCACGACCAACACUUUACUCCCCGGCUACUCUACCGUGGGGGGUUUUGGCGCACCUGUCUCCAGCACGUCCAUGUAUUAUGGCCGAGACUACAGCUCCACCUUGAAUGCUUUGACCAAGACCGGCACCGAGUGCCCCAUGAAGGGUCGCGGCUUUAGCUGCUGGGCCGAAAGCAACUGCGACUGGAGAGGAGGCAAGCAGCAGUGCGCCAACAGUGGUCCUUUGGGGGAGAUGUCAGGUCAGAAGAAGCACACCAGGCCAACCUUCAGUGGACAUCAGAUCUUUGCGCUGGAGAAGACUUUUGAGCAGACUAAAUAUUUGGCAGGGCCUGAGCGGGCCAGACUGGCUUAUUCUUUGGGCAUGACUGAAUCUCAAGUCAAGGUUUGGUUCCAAAACCGCCGCACCAAGUGGAGGAAGAAGAGCGCGUCCGAGCCUAGCUCCACGCAAGCCCACUCGGGGCAGGCCGGGGAGACCUCGGACAACGAGGUGGAGGACGAGGAGUACAACAAGCCCCUGGAUCCAGACUCUGACGACGACAAGAUCCGUUUACUUUUGCGCAAACACCGCAGAGCUUUCUCAGUCCUGCGCCUCGGGCCUCAUCACGUUUGAAGCAUGCUGGUAUAGAUACACAUCUAACAACGGGUGUGCAGAGUUGGGGCAACUCACAGUGUCACACAUCCACCGGUCAAUGAAAAUUUUGAAUGACGGUGUGCCAAUACAACUAUUGGCUGUUUGGGCAUCCAUCAAGCUAAAAAAUUUCCACUCCCCAACCGACUAAAUAAUCUUCUGGGGCAUAAUACGCGGCCAAUCACCCCGGGCAUCUAGCAAGUUUCACACGCCACUGACUUGCACCUGCAUGCAAAGCAUUUAUUUGUGUCGAAUGAUCACAAGCAUGAUCAAAGAAGAUCCUGUGAAGACAUUCGCAUCCAUAAAAGACUGCAAAAAGUUGUAGAACUGAUAUUCAUUGCAAGUUUUUCUCUGCUAUACACAAACAGCUUCAUUACCUCAAUUCCAGCACAACAUGACACAUACAGCUAGCUACAAGAUCUAUUAUGGGUGUUGUAGAAAAUGGUUAAGCACCAUGUAACAAGAACACGUAUUGAAUCUCUGCCACAGCAACUUUAUGUUAUAGGAACUGCAUUAAACAUUGUUCAACUUGAAAAGGCAGAUGUUUGAAACAAAUCUUGUAUUACAUCUAUUUAAGCUCUGCAGUUAAACCAAAUGUUGUGGUUGGUGAUGUAGACUAUAGAUUAUAUAAAAACUGUUAAUUGUAAAUAAACACAUAUGUAUUGCAUUAUUACUACAGUUAAGAAAACUGUGCCGAAUCAAAUAACUUGGGAGUUUUUGCAGCAGAGGCCGCGUGACAAACAACAUUAUAGCUAAUGUAAUCCCUGCCCUUCUUUUUAAAUUUUUUAAAUCCAGAUGUAUUAAAAUCAAACUUGGCAACACGGUGCAAUGAUGGUUAGCAAUUCUGCCUCAGAGGUGAGAAGUUCUGGGUUCAAAUCCCUCCUGGUCCUCUCCUAAGCUCUCGGGAUGAGUGUAUUUUGGCCCAAUUGUGUCAUUUCUCAUAUUUUUAAUGUCCGUCCUUGCAGGUGACAGUAUAAAUAAAGCGAGCUUGUUGUUGCCCAUGUGCGGUGUAUGGCCGAAUUUAAAGAAAUCAAUACAAGCUCACCAGCUCAUUGAUCAAAUAGUCUCUGUGAUUCCACAUAAGUCGCAAUGCUGUAUGGAGGAGAAAUUUCCGGAAAACAUAAAUUUCGAACGUCAUAAACUAAAUUUAUGGGCAUGUAUGUAGUACAUCCACAUAAACAUAAUGGAUUGUUUUUUUUUAAUUAUUCACUGUUGAAAUUUUGCAGCUAAUUGUAUCUUAAAUUGUAUCUUGUAUCUUAUCAUCUUGCACACACACAUUCAUAAUCAUAAUACAAUAAUAAUGACAUCAACUAAGAAAACAAAAAAAGAACCCUUGUUGGACAUUUGUCAUCUUCUGCAUGCCUGUGAAGGCUGCUGAACCAGACCCAAAACCUAUUUAUAGAAUCCUCUCAAGUAAUUAGGUCAUUAGGGUGCAACAAGACUGAAGUUUUUCCUAAAAUAAAGCCCAUCCAUUCCUCUUUCUUUUGUAGCUCCUCAAAUACAAAGAGCAACAUGCUACUAAGUGUUAUGUGGAAUAAAGCACUUAGUAUUUCAGGGUUCACUGUUUUUUCUCGCCCCAAAUGCAAUCACUUAAUCUAAUUUUAGGUUCCAUUUUCAGAGGGAAGAAACAUCAAUUUGUGCAUAUAAUUUCAAAUGUAGUGACAGUGACUUUUUCUUUAUUACACUUAAAGAAAUUAUGUUGUUAUAAGAAAUGUUAACAGUUUUGCAAUGGCAGAGAAAGAAAUUAAAGAAGAAAAUUAAAAACAGUUUCAUUUUUCAACACACGUGUCUGAAUUUUGAGCGCUUAAAAGCACUUUUCACUUUUUUAUGUGAAUUUUAAAAAAGAAUACUUGUUACAUGCUUUCAACGAAUCAUACUACAGUACAGUGUCUCCCCCCCAUUCUG